UACACAAUGAAGAUUAUCUUUUUCUUGGUGCUCGCUGGUCUCAGCCUCUCUUAUGGCUUUGAAUGUAUACAGAAACUUCAAGCAGAGACUAGUCUGGAGUGCUUGCAAAAUGCAUUAAAGAUUGCUCCAACAUUUCUUGAAAAAUUGGUAUACUUUCUGUGUAACUAUAAAAAAGGGAUUGAAAACAAUAAAAAAGAAUUUGAAGACGCUCUCCGUGAAUUGAUAGAAAUACUGGAAUGUGCGGGCUGUACUGUAGAUAAACUUAUCGGCACAAAAGUCACAAUUGAAGAUCUUUUAGGAGAUAUUGGAGGGGCUGGAAAAGAUGUAGUCUAUGAAAUCCUAAAAAUUGCUGAUAAACUAAAAUUAACUGGACCUGUGGCAAACUUAGCAUGCAGCCUGCUCAAAGGUCUUGGUACUCCUGGUGGUCUUGUUAAUCUUGGAGGGAUCCUGAGUGGUGUCUUGGGUUAAGUCAAGAACUAAACUCCUAGCCGUCAACGAAACAUGCUCUUGACGCAUGUAGCUGAAUAGAAGAAGUUGCAAAAAGAAAAAGAAAAACACAUCAA